AUCUUACGGAGGCCGAAUGCUUUACGGUAGAAAAGCUCAAAAAAGAGGGCAUGUCUGCUGCCAAAAUUGCACGCAUCCUUGGUAGAUCGGAUACUUCUGUUAAAAACUGUCUUAAACGAUUACGUUUAACUGAUAAUUCUAGUUACCUUAAAAGAAAGUCUAGUGGUAGAAAACCACUUGUGAAUAAGCGUUAUGAACGUUUAAUUAUAAGAAAAGUAAAAUCUAACCCCUCAAUGCGAAGAAUGACAAAACGUUCUCUUGCUGCAGAAUUCCAAUCCCCCCCUAUAGCCCCAAGUACCCUGGUAAAAACAUUAAAAAAAAAUGGCUUUAAAUCUUAUAUUGCACGCAAAAAACCAUUCUUAACAAAAAAAGCACAACGCGAACGUUAUAAUUGGGCCAAGGAACAUAAAAAUUGGACUAAAGAAGAUUGGCGACGUGUUUUAUGGACUGACGAAUCAUCUGUCAGCACUGACUCAAAUGGAAAAAUUCGAGUUUGGCGUCGCAAAGAAGAAGUAUAUGAUCAAAGUUGUACACAAGCAACCGUUAAAAGUGGUCGAAAAUCAAUUAUGGUUUGGGGAUGUGUAAAUGGAUAUAAUUUACCCCAUUUGGUUCGCUGCCCACCACGUAUGAAUGGUGAAGCAUAUGGAGAAAUUAUUGUGGAUGCUGUUUAUCCCAUAAUUAUGGCUACAGACGAUGCAAUAUUUCAAGAAGACGGAGCAAGAAUUCAUAUAAGUAAACCAGUAAAAAAAAUUAAAGCAGAGCUUGGAAUUGUGCCUAUGAAAUGGCCUCCGUAUUCUCCGGACCUUAGUCCUAUUGAGAAUGUUUGGAGGGAAGUUAAAUGUUGGAUUCAUAAGAACCGAAAGCCACGUAAUCAAACUGACUUAGAAGAGGCUGUUACUGCGGCAUGGAAUAAUGUUGCAUUUGAAACAACUCUUCAGUUUAUAGACUCAAUGCCAGAUAGAGUAAAGGAAGUUAUUAAAAAAAAAGGCU